AUGAAAGAAGUUGAUCCACUAUCACUGCAACAAUGCGUAGAAUAUAUUUACACUGGUGAAUUGUCUACUACUGAUGAAAAUGCUGAAUCUUUGAUGUACGUGGCUGAAUUACUACAGUUGAAAGAUGUCUGUGAAGGCAUCGUUGAUUCACUUGAAGAAAAUCUCGAAUCAUCUGCAGAAUCAUUCUUUGUGACAAAAAGAAUCGCAAACCUGUACAAUUACAAAGAAUUGAUGCAAAAAUGCGAGAAGUUCAUGUUGGAUAAAUUUGAAGAAAUUGCAGUUCUUGAUGAGUUCAAGGAAAUAGAAGAAAAGGAAUUUGUUAGAUUGAUCAAGUCACAAGAAAACAAGCCGAUGGUGAAGUCAUGCGAUGAAUGCUCUCACACGCUAUGCAUCUCCAUGCUGGACAGCUUAAACAUUGGUGCUUCAAAUGUUCUCUCUGCUGAAAAUAUAAAACAAGAAGGAAAAGAAGCAAUCGCAGUGUUUGAUAAAAACUCGAAGAGCCUUCAAUGCUUUGACCCACGGAAUAAUUCUUGGACCAAAAUGCAGAACCCACCUGGAUCAGAAUUUCGCUUUUCUGCUGUGGCUCUUGGUGACUACAUUUAUGUUCUAAUGGGAGAUCGAUCUGUCCAUCGACUGAAAUACUCAGAUCAUGAAGCUACUUGGGAGAGAAUGAAUGAUAUGAUGUAUAGCCAUGGAGAUUGUCCUCAUGUUGCUGUUUUACCUGGAAACCUCUACGUUAUUGGUGAACUUGAUAGUUACUCAAAAUCAGUUGAAAAAGAUCUAGCUGGACCAAUAAAUGCUCUGCUUUACAGUAAUAAGGGCAUCGGACAAAACGGCGGAGUAUUUAACGCAUCAAAAGGAGCAUAA